AUGCUUGAUGACUUUGACAAAGCUUGUGGAAAGAUUGGUCUUCGACUAAAUCUCACAAAAACGAUGUUCAUGGAGAACGAAUUGGUCUCGCAUGUCUUUCACGCUCAACGGAACGAGUAUUUCCGAAUGAUACAGUUAUGUCUAAGUCGGGAAAUCAAUACGGUGAGCGACUUACUUCUGGGGUUGAGCAGAAGGAAACGAGCGGCUUGGGGAGCUUUCAAGGGCAUCGAGGAUGUAUUGAAGAGAACAAAGAACACCCGAAUCUGUCCCCACCUUUUCGUCUCAACAGGACUUCCUGCCCUAACGUAUGUUUCAGAGACUUGGUCGCUGCGUAAGCAGGAUGAAGGAUCAGUCAGCGUUAUGGAACGCGCUGUCGAAAGGACGGUGCUAGGAGUAUCCCGUUCCACACAAGGAAGGUAUGGGAUCCGAAGCCCCGAUCUGCGUCAAAGACCAAAAAUCAAAGAUGCCGUUCUGUACGCCAGACAGUCGAAGAUAAUGUGGGCCGGACACGUAAUGCGCAUGAAUGACAACCGAUGGACAAGAGCCGUUAGUUGCUAG